CAAAAGGUAGGCGUGUGGAGGGUUUAACCUUUCUCUUGCUUUGUUUUCUGAUGGUGUAAAGUUUAUUUUUGACGACUGACACGAUGUCACAUCAGGGAACUAUGCUGAGUACCAUAGUCUGUCUACUACCACUGUUUUCACACCUCCAACCUGCGACAGGUGAGACGACAGGAGAACUACUCCAGUCUGUUGGAAGUCGAACACAAAAAGAAAAUUACGAUGAAAUAGUCUGCACCUUCAACGUGAAGGUCUCCCUCUCCCGCGUGGACUUCGUAGAUAAGACAGGGUCAGAGGUUUUCGCCAUCGUGGACUGUGGCACCUCGUGCAACGUUCUCAGUUCCUACCAAGAUGUCCUCCGCAUCGUAUCUCCAGAGAAAACCAUUUCCGGUGACCGUUUUGUCUUUAAUGCCUCUCACUCGGACAGAACCAACGGAACGUACACAUGUCACGGUAUUACUGCGCCCCAGGUGGUUUACCCUACCCCGUCAGGGACUGGUGAUGGCGAUGGUCAUGGUGAUGGAUAUAGCGAUGAAAGUCAGAUGACAUCAGGUUCACCACCAGAGACAGAUGAGGUGUCACACAAUGCUGGUGGAGGCUCUAACGGACUUCUUGCACUGAUUAUAAUUCCCAUCCUGCUGGUACUAGGAGCAGUCUUAUUCCUUCACUGGUGUGGAGUUAUUCAGAUUCCUGGUCUGCCGAAAACUAGAGGAGAACCACGUGACCUGAGACAUAUUCAGGGGAAUCGGCUACAGCCUGUCACUGGCUGCUGGGAAAGGACACGUGGUCUUUGGCAAUCCACAGGUGAGGACAACGAGGAUCCGUUUGAACGCCUGGAGUCAAACCGCGAGCAAGACGAAGAGGCUUGUGUGGAAGCUAAAGAGCUACUAGGUCACAAUGAAGAGAAGCUGUCUCUGCACCAGGACAAGAAAUCAUUUGAAGCUGAGGGUAACGACGGUAGUAAAGAAGAACAUCCAUUAUUGCAGGAUGUGUGUAACAACACCAAGCACACUCAAGACGAUAAUGCUAGUGUCGGAGACAGUCAGACAUCACUACAAUCAUUACACCGGGAGUCAAACAACGAUCAAGACGAAGAGGCUUCUCUGGAAGCUGAAGCAUUAUUAAGUCAGAAUGAAGAUAAGAUGUCUCUGCACCUUGGUGUAGCACCAGGCAAAUUGAAGAGUGAUCUAUCCUAUCCCACUGAGGAAUCAUUUGAAAGCGACAGAAACUACGAGUGUAAAGACAAUGAAAUGUCUGAUGUCAAAGAAGAGUACCCAUUAUUGCGGGAUUCGUAUAACAACACCAAACCCACACAGGACGAAAAUGCUAGUGUCGAGGACCGUCAGACAUCACCACAAUCUUUACAUUUAUCCAACAGCAUCAAGGCUACAGAUGUCGCCGCAGACCUGAGUGCAACAUCUUUGUCACGUGACAACAUUCAGCAUAAAGAGGAGUCACCUCAUACAACUAGUCAUUCAUCUGCACCUGACGACACAGUAGCAUUAACACUGAAGCCAGCUAUUGCGACUAAUCCUCCCCACCUCAAAUUGGACAGCCGAGUCGUUAGGAAUGACAGUCGCCCUUUGCCAGGUUCUUCAGUAAUUGACAAUAAAGAGUCCGAGAAUGAUAAUAAAAUAGACCACCCUUCUCCGACAUUCAUACCAUACCCUCUUGAUGAAGAGGGUAAAGAUAAUAGUGUAAGAACUUUAAAAGACGUUCGUAACUAUUGGAAAAACUACCAACACAGACCACCAACAGCUAGCGCCAUGUCAGAAGAAAUGCAAGAAGAAAUGAAGAAAAUAAAGGCGCAGUUUGCAGCACGAACUAAAAAAGGCAUGGAAGGAACAGAGGAGAGAAAAGACGAUAUAGCAGGGAUCAACGUAAAAGGAAAAGAAAAUAGUAAAGCAGAUUCAGAAGCAAUAACCAAUGAAGAUACAAAGGGGAAGUUAACACAUAAAAAUAAGGAAGACAUGGACGGAAAGAAAGAGAGAGAAGAUGAGAAAGCAAACGUUGAAAUGGAAGAAAAAGAAAUUAUGGAAAUAAAGUUAGGGACAGAAGAAAAGUCAAUACAGAAACAAGAGCAAAUUGAAGAAACGAUGGCGGCAAAGGUUGAGCAAGAAGACAAAGAGGAAUCAAAGAGGGAAGAGGAGCAUGCUCAAGAAAUGGAAGCAGAGGCAGUGACAGAAAAAACAGCAGACACGAGAGCAGAAACAUUCAAAACUAGUAAAGAACCAGAGAAAAAAGUCAGUAACGAAAACGAUGACUACAAGACCGCCUUUGAUGACGAUGAUGCCGAUAGAAGUAGAAAUGAUGAAGGUGUUGUUGAUGUUGAUAAGCUGGAUGGUGCAAGGUCCACUGGGCAGAGCUUAGUCUACACCGACCUGUCUAACCCUGAACACUCCCAGGAAUGUUCUGAAGGCGAAAAGAAACAAACAAUUAGCAGUAGACUAAAUGACUCACCCAAUACAUUAAGAAAAGAUGAGGAUGACAACAGUCCGGACGUGUAGGGGACAAAAAGUUCACACGUUUGAUGAGGUCACACAGUCCAUCGUGAGGGGAGCUAGGGAUGUGUCCAGCACAGUGUUACAUGAGAGAGAAGUCUGACAAACUGUACAAAGCCUGAACCACACACAGGUUUGUUGUAUUCUGACAAGAUUCCUGUCCAGGUGUCCAGUAUGUUGACCUUAGUUUCUUAUCCCCGUGACGAGCGGGGAGCUGAAACAGAAACUUGUGUGGAUAGAAGUAUAUCUUUUUAUGUCAGAAUGUGCUUUAAAUGUGAAGAACACCAGUGCUGACAGAACUGAAUGACAUCCGGGAGCUAUUGUAUGAAGAGGACCAUGUGCAGUGGAUGUAACAUAGACAAAGACAUGUACAUCGCUCCAUCAGUGAGACUGGAGAUGUCAGUGAGAAUGUGAACCAAGGGACAGAAGGAAAGAGAAGUAUUAUAAACAUACCAGAGAGUGAAAGACAGAAAGCUGAGACUAAACACUCGCUCCAAGGCAAGUCUCCAGACACGAGCAAUUUAAAGCUGAAGCCACUGAACAAGGACAAGACAGAAGAGUCUGUUCACAGCAAAUACGAAGCUGCUUAAACUGAAGUGAACAGGAAGGUGGACUGAGCAUCUCACAUCUGUACGGAUGUAAAGCGAGGUCUCUGCUUGCCGACACGAAGGGGAAAACCAGGUGUUCGAGAAGAUGUACCUGAAGAACCCACUAUGGACAUAUGAUCUUAGAACAUAAAAACCUGUGAAAGUAGGAAACACACUUGCCCGCUGGUGGGACACAGAAACUUCUCCUUGCAACAGUCACUGGGGGCAAGAUGAUGUGCUAUUAUGAGCUAUUAAAACUGAGCUUCAUGAUACAAUAAUGAAAAGACUUCACGAUAAGGAAGAAAAUCGUCAGAAAUGGAAAAAAAGGUGAUUACAAUCAUCUGAUGACGAUUGGUAAGGUAGCACCACCACUGGUGGCAGUCCUGCCGAUGUUGAUCUCGUGGAUGGCGCAAGUAUUUUUGACCCUCUCCUUUCAUUUAUAUUCUUAUCUAUAUAUACUCUAUAUAUCAAAGAGUACUGCGACAGGGGAAGCAUGUAGCAGUAUCUAGCCAUCCGUCCUUUGACAGGGUUAAUGAGUGUCACUAGUCACUCAAAUGAUAGUACAAUGGGGUGGCACACAAUUACAACUUCAUGUGGUUAAGACCAGGGAACAAAAGGCAAUAGCAGUUAACAAAUGUGGAA